AAAACGCGUGGACGUCAAAUUCCAUUCUCCAUUGCAAUUCACAAUCCCUCUCACAUCCGUCUAUGCACUCACUGCAACAGCUGACAAUUUUCAAAGGGAAAAGAGGAUAGAAGGAAACGACGACGUUUAGGUGAACUGUGUCUGCGAUGUAAAAAGUCAAGUCACGCGUGUUUAUUUUUCUUCUUCAACUCUUCGCUUUUGUGAGUACCAUUCUCGUUUCUGAGAGCAGAAGAGAGGAGGAGAGAAGAGCGAGCAUGGCCGUUGCUGACCCAAAGCCUCACUCCGAACCUAAGGUCUGGAAUUUCUUCAAGCUUCCGUUUCGCCAUUCUGCCUCUGCCGCCAAUUCUUCCAACACGACGUCGUCUUCAGCUAACAUUCACCACCAUCACCAUCACCACCACAACCCUAAUAACCCUCACAAUCUUCCCCUUGAGGGUUCCACAUCUCACACCUCCAAUUCCGUUUCUUCCGUAGCCAGAUCACUUCUCCCAACACGACGUCGUCUCAAGCUUGAUCCCUCCAACAAGCUUUACUUCCCUUAUGAGCCGGGCAAACAGGUUAGGAGUGCAAUCAGGAUUAAAAACACCAGUAAAUCUCAUGUUGCUUUCAAGUUUCAAACAACUGCACCCAAAAGCUGUUUCAUGCGUCCUCCUGGGGCUAUCCUUGCACCUGGUGAGAGUAUCAUAGCAACAGUGUUCAAGUUUGUCGAGCAACCAGAAAAUAAUGAAAAACCUGAAAAAACUGGACUCAAAUUUAAAAUCAUGAGCUUGAAGGUGAAAGGAUCAAUUGACUAUGUCCCUGAACUGUUUGAUGAGCAGAAGGACCAAGUAGCAGUGGAGCAGAUUUUGCGAGUUGUUUUUCUAGAUCCCGAGCGUUCCAGUCCUGCUUUGGAGAAGCUGACGCGACAGCUGGCUGAUGCUGAUGCUGCCGUUGAGGCACGUAAGAAACCUGCAGAAGAUGCAGGUCCUAAAAUUAUUGGGGAAGGGCUCGUCAUAGAUGAAUGGAAAGAGAGGAGGGAAAGAUACCUCGCAAAGCAACAGGGCGAAUUGGUAGUAGAUUCUGUAUAGGGCGUUGGUCUGGAAUAUCUAUAUGGUUAAAUAGGAAAUGGCAUUGCAGCCAAGGAAAAUGUUAUCUUGAGAGAAACACUUAUUAUCACAGCAUCAUUUACUUAGGAAAAAUUCGGGUGAAUGGCAAGUGUCCUUUGGUUAGAAACUCUGCGUGGGUGUGGUGAUCACUCUCUAUGUAGAUAACUGGCAUUUUGUUUUUAAGCUUUUUUUUUUAAUUGUGGGAAUAAUAUUUUGAUGGAUUGAUGUAAAAUAGUUUAUUCGAGUUCUCCUGUGAUCAAUGAUUUGCUGGCAAUCCGUUUUGCUAUGAUUUCAUUUCGAUGCAGAUGGCUGAGAUUCACGACAAAAUAAGAUAUUAAUUUUAUUAGUUAGUUUGAUUACUGGUGUUGCCAUAAUCUUUGGUGUUCUAAUUUUUAGGAUUAUGUUAUGUCGAAUUAAUCUUGUGUACUCCGUAAUGUCCAAAGCGUAGCAAUAAUACGAUUUCUUGUAAUUUUUAAAUAAAGGAAAUAAAAAAUCAUGUUAGUGUCAUGGUUUU